GCCCUUCAGCGUGCGCCUGAGGGGGCAUCAUGUAUCUAGGCCACACAAUACAGGCAGUGAGUUCAUUGUUGCACCCUAACAGCAGGUCUGCCUCUGCCCCAGGGACAAGGCCUUUCUGUACAUCUCUGGGCUGUUCACCAUGCGUCUCACUCAGCUCAACCGUGAGUGUCUCCUCCACCUUUUUUCAUUCCUGGACAAGGACAGUCGGAGAAAUUUGUCCCUUGCCUGUCGUCAGCUGCGCGAGGUCUACCUUGACCCCUGCCUCUGGAACCUACUCCACUUCAGCUCUCCUUGUCAGCUUAGAUGGGACAACUAUGUCCUGGGACCCUCACUGCGUUACUUAACUAUAUGCUGGUACUCCAGUAGAGUCCAGCUGGUGUGCAACAUUGAGGACUGGUUGAAGACCUCGUUCCAGAAGGACAUCUGCAGCAAACAUGAGAGUCUGGUCAGCACUUUCCUGGCCCAUGUGUGCCACAUGUGUCCUAACCUUCUCACUCUGACACUGUCUGGCUGUGCACACAUAACCGACCAGGAGGUGGUCUCUGUGCUGCAGUGCUGCAAAAAGCUGCGCAGCCUCCGCCUUGAAAACUGCGUCCGCAUCACAGACCGCAGCCUGCAGGCUAUAGCCGAGCACGGGGACAACCUGGAGGAGGUAAGAGUGGAUUUCUGCAGGAACAUCACUCAGACGGGGCUGCAAAGCUGUAAGGAGAUGAGACCGAUCAUCCAGUUGAGUGCAGAGAGGAGUGCUGAUAUGAUUCCUGAUAUCAAGCCUGAAGAGAAGGAACCACUCGGGAAAGCUCUGCAGAAAUUCCUGCAGUACUCCUGAAGGAAUCUCAGACACCUUUAUAUGAGGACUUGACAGUGAUGAUUAUGUAUUUGUUGGUAUUUUUCAUAAAUUGCUUUUACAUUUUGAUAACGUUUUGUACAUCAUAUAUUUGAUUUUAUAGAUUUUAUUUCUUACAAAGAUCCGCUGAACCUCAUUUAUAUUUUAGGUCUGAUUCUUAAACUCACACUGGAUGAUUGAGCAACUGAUUUGUUGUUUACCUCUGUUAAUGAUUCCACUCUUACAUUUGUAUGAUCACUCUAUCAGGACCUAGACAGCUUUGUUAAGACAAACACCAGAAUUAAGAAAAAGGUUAUUCAAUAAAAGCUCACAAUUGCCCUUGCCUUUCAGUGACAAACAGAUUUUAUCAUCCUUGUUUUCUAUGCACAAAAAUACUAAUACUGAUAAUAUGCUAAAUUAAAAUUUGCCAUUUCAUGAGGAA